AUGGCCGUAGAUCCCUCGAAAUUAACUCCUUAUCGGAACACACCAAACGCAUCGAGCUCGUUGCGUCAGAUCAGUGAAGAUGCCUUCUACGUGGUGAACGAGGUAGUCAUCAAGAGAUUGGGACACAUGCCCAUUGUUAAGGUGAGGAAUUGCUCAUUUUAGAUGCUAGAAGCAGUUUUAGGAUUACGUUAUGUCACUUUGAAGUGUUUUUUUUUGGAGUCUUUGAGCAGAUAAAACGGCCUUUAUUAUAUUUGCGGGGAACGGAAAAAACUAAAUUUGGAUAAGGCAAUAAUAAUUUCAGGGGCUGAAAUUCCUUCUAGCUGAGCAAAUACGUUGCGGAUAAUCUUGCUUUCCUAAUUUCGAAUUACGCAAUUUGGCCUUUUUCCAAGAUGACCUAAUACAUGUCAAGAAUAAUAUAAAUUUGCUCUAUUUUCAGGGAGAUCUCCAUGUCCUGCCCUUCAAGGUCCAACGUUUCAUCGCCGAGAAGGCCGAGCUGAUGCGUCCUCGUGGAAUCUACAUCUGCGAUGGCUCCGAACACGAGGCCGAAGAGAUCACUCACAAGCUGAUCGAAAGAGGUAUGCUGACCGAGUUGACUGCCUACGAGAAUAACUACCUGUGCCGUACUGACCCCAAGGACGUAGCACGUGUCGAGAGCAAGACCUGGAUUGUCACCAAGGACAAACACACGGUAAAUUAUCAUUUUUUUUUGAUUUUGUCACCUAAUUAUCAUGGAUAAUAUAAUAAACCUAAAAUUUUCAGACGGUCACCCGAACUCCGGAAGGUGUGGAGCCCAUCAUGGGUCAUUGGAUGCCUCCCGAGGUGUUUGCCGAUGAAUUGGACGCCCGUUUCCCGGGAUGUAUGGCUGGCCGCAUCAUGUAUGUGAUCCCAUUUUCCAUGGGUCCCCUUGGCUCUCCCUUGUCCAAGAUCGGUAUCCAAUUGACUGAUGCCAACUAUGUCGUCCUGUCCAUGAGAAUCAUGACCAGAGUCACUCCGCAACUCUGGGAGUUGCUUGGGGAAAAUGAUUUUGUCCGUUGUAUUCACUCGGUUGGUCUUCCUCGACCUGUAAAGCGUAAGUUUGGAGAUGGUUUUGGCAUGGGAAAAAGUGGGGAGAACUUUUAAAAACUUUCCAAUGUCAUUGAUAAGUAACAUGUUUUGAAUUGGAUUUGAUGGAAGGUCAGUGAAUGAUAAUAUCAGUGAACAAAGUACACGGUUUUUGUGUUUGGGUCUUUUCCGACGCCAAAAUAAGUUUGUUUACCUCCAUAUCAUUUAUCACCUAAAUACUUUUUGCACGAGAUCGGAAAGAAAAUGGCCUUGAGAUGCCAUGUGUAAUAUAAAUUGAGCAAAAAAUAGAAAAUAAAGAUUAAACUGACUAUCUAACGGAUAUUUUUUUUUACAGAGAAGGUCAUCAACCACUGGCCCUGCAACCCGGACAAGGUGCUGAUUGCGCAUCGCCCGGUGGAACGCGAGAUUUGGUCGUUCGGCUCGGGAUACGGAGGAAAUUCGCUGCUGGGAAAGAAAUGUUUCGCGCUCAGAAUCGCGUCGAAUCUGGCCAGAGACGAGGGAUGGAUGGCGGAGCACAUGCUGAUCAUGGGAGUCACCCGUCCGAACGGAAAGGAACACUUUAUUGCGGCCGCUUUCCCAUCGGCCUGCGGUAAAACCAACUUGGCCAUGCUUCAGCCGAGUUUACCGGGAUGGAAGGUACGAUGUGUGGGAGAUGAUAUUGCCUGGAUGAAGUUCGGAGAAGAUGGAAGACUGUAUGCCAUCAAUCCUGAAGCCGGAUUCUUUGGAGUCGCCCCGGGCACCUCGAACAAAACGAAUCCAAUGGCCAUUGCCACUUGUCAGAAGAACUCGAUCUUUACGAAUGUCGCUGAAACAGAUACUGGAGAAUAUUAUUGGGAAGGAUUGGAAGAUGAGAUCAAGGACAAGGUAAGCAGUUUGAAUUUUGAAUAAAUUUUUAUGUUGAUUUAGAUCUGGACUAAAAUGUGUUUUCUUUCAGGAUGUCAAGAUCACUGACUGGCUGGGCAACCCAUGGAAAUUGGGAGACCCCACUCCAGCCGCCCAUCCCAACUCGAGAUUCUGCGCUCCGGCCUCGCAAUGCCCCAUUAUUCAUCCGGAUUGGGAGUCGCCGAAGGGUGUACCAAUCGAUGCCAUUAUUUUCGGCGGACGUCGCCCAACUGGUGUCCCAUUGGUCUUCCAAGCCUUCGAUUGGGAACAUGGAGUCUUCACCGGCGCCUGCUUGAAGUCUGAAGCCACUGCUGCUGCUGAACACACUGGUAAGAAGGAUUAUAUGACGUUAGAUGCAAUGUAUAAAAUAAUUCGUAAUUUUAAUUAUUUUAGGCAAGAAAUUGCUCUGGGAUCCAAUGGCUGCUCGGCCUUUCAUGGGCUACAACUUUGGACACUACCUCCAGCACUGGCUUGACAUGCAAAAACCCGGCAGACAGGUAGGUGAAGCAUAAGAUUAGAUGUGAAAAAUCUUGAGUUUUUUGAUGAAAAUGGAGUGAAUAUUGAAUGUUUAGAUCCCCAAGAUCUUCCACGUGAACUGGUUCCGCAAGGGCCAAGAGAGCGGCAAGUUCCUGUGGCCCGGAUAUGGUGAGAACAUCCGAGUCAUCGAUUGGAUCAUCCGCCGACUCGAUGGAGAAGAUGGGAUUGGCGUGGACACGGCGAUUGGAGUGGUCCCCACCCACGACAGUCUCAAUUUGGAUGGAUUGGGCGAUAUCAACAUGAAGGAGUUGAUGUCCCUCCCACCCGACUACUGGAAGGAAGACGCCAAGGCCGUGAGACAAUUCCUCGAGGAACAAGUGGGCCCUGAUCUCCCCGAUCCCAUCCGAAAGCAACUCGACGCUCAGGAAAAGAGAAUCCAAGCCCUCUAA